UUCUUCUCUUUAUUCCUAAGAAAGCCAAACGACGACCAAAUUCGAAUUUUCUUCUAUUUUUUUUCCUCUUUUCAUUUUGUUCUAACCAACGCUCAUCAUUUUGCCGGAGAAAUGAGAACUCCGGCCGUUGAUCCUUCUAUACUUCGCCGGAAUGUCCGUCUCUCCGUUCCUCGUCGUCACGUCUUUCACGAACCCUGCUCGGACCGUUCCUGGAAACAAUAAUCAAGAAAACAAAAAAAAAAAAGCGACUUCCUUUAGCAGAGUUUUCAAGUUAUUCUAUGCUUGUUUUGUAAACUCGAACAAAGCCUAUAUAAUAAUCUGCGGAGAAAGGUAUCGAUUUUGUUUGGAGCUUCGGAUUCUGGUAGAUUUGACAAUUUCUUUCGUGCAUAUCGAAUUUUUAUCCUUUUCUUUUCGGUGGUCAUCGCAUUGCUCGGUUAUGACUUCUGGUCCGGUAAGGUGUCCAGAGACGGGAUGAUAGUAGGCGACAUUAACGAAGGUCUUGUCGUUGUUGCGGUGUAUCGGAUGUGUUUGUUAAUGACUAAACCUUUUUGCGUCCUUCUUUAAUCCAAUCUCUUCUUAGCUCAAACAAGGAGAUAGAUGUUAUGCAGAGUACCUGAUUUUGUGUUCUACUCGUCAAUUGUUAUCUUUUUCCUUGUUCCUCCACUUCGUAGUUCAGAUUAGUCUAAGCUCUAAGCUUUUUGGAUUGAGUGGUAGGAUAGAGAAGCUCUUGAAUUGACCUUGAUUUCGGAAUUACCGAAAAUGGAGAGCAGCUUUUAGAGGGUGUUGCUUUGAUUCUGGUCUUGUUAAUUAUGCCUCCUUUCAAAAUCCAGCCAAUAGAUUCUCGCUUAGUUGAAGAAUCGAUUCGGAGCGAUCCGGUUAAACCUAUAGUGAAAUCGCGCCUCAAGAGGCUCUUUGAGCGGCAGUUCCCGAGUGUCCUGAGGAUUUCAUCAACUGAGAAGCCCAGCGCCGGUGAACAGCAGUACAGCAAAGAUGCUAAUAACAACGAUUGGGAGCCAAGCUCUGUGUGCUUGGACAAAAUGGUUCGGAACUUCAUCGAAGAGAACAAUGAGAAAUAUUUGUCGGCGGCCAAAUGCGGACGGAAUCGAUGCAAUUGUUUCAACGGAAGCUGCAGUGAUAGUUCAGAUGAUGAAUUUGACGUCUCCAAUGUCUUUACUGAAUCGACAACGGCAGCUUCCUGUGGCGAUGCCUGCGAAAUUCUGAAGAGUUUGGUCCCUUGUGCGAGUGUUGCCGAGAGAAAUCUUUUAGCUGACACUGCAAAAGUCAUAGAGAAGAACAAGGGCUGCAAGCGUAAAGACGAUUGCAGAAAGGUUGUAACUGAUGGUCUUGUGGCUCUCGGCUACGAUGCCUCAAUCUGUAAAUCACGUUGGGAGAAAUCUCCAUCUUUUCCUGCCGGAGAAUACGAAUACGUAGACGUGAUUGUUGAUGGUGAACGAUUCCUGAUCGACGUAGAUUUCAGAUCGGAAUUCGAGAUCGCCCGUUCGACUGGAACCUACAAGGCCGUCCUCCAAGUUAUUCCAACGAUCUUCGUGGGCAAAGCUGACCGUCUCCAACAGAUCAUCUCAAUUAUCUCAGAUGCAGCUAGACAGAGCCUAAAGAAGAAAGGAAUGCACUUCCCGCCCUGGAGGAAAGCUGAAUACAUGAAAGCGAAAUGGCUAUCUCCUUAUACCAGAGCUACUAGUACAAAUACGUCAUCUCCGGUCAAAACAGCCGAAUCCGGAACCCAGUCCCAGAGCGUGAUGGAAAGUGAGAAAAAGCUAUCUUCGGGGAACAUAACUAACAAUUCCAACUCAUCUGGUGAAUUCGAGCUUCUUUUCGGGGAGAAUUCGCCGAGGGAAACGGUGUCCGGCGCUUCUUCGUUUUCUGCCCUGGAAAUUCCUGAGGAAGAGGACAAGGUUAAGUUCUCACCAUGGCAGCUGCCGGCGAUCAAACCAAAGAGUUCUCAGGGCGGAGCCAGAGUCGUUACGGGUUUAGCUUCCGUCCUCAAAGAAAAAUCAUAAAUUUUGUCCAAUCUUUGCUUUUAUUUUGUCGUUUUUGUUCCUGAGAAUCGAAAUACCCCCUUCUGAUUUUUUUUUUUUGUAAGGGUCUGUAAGGAGGAAAUCUAUAGACUAUAGUAAUCCAUCUACUGAUAUAUAAUAAUAAAAAUUCAUAGUAAAAGAUAGAAAAAUUAAAAAUUCUUUUGCUCUA